GAGCCCGGCAUUAUCCCCGUGACUUAUCGUGACCAGUGACAGGUGAAUCGAUCGCGUUCCUGCCGCAAAACCUCACGGAGCGCGCGGCACCCGUACGCCGUGCUCUCUGCCUCACAGUGCCAGGCGUUCUCUGCGUGUGUUCCCGGUCAACCCCAUCGUCACCACCACCGGCGCCGUCACCGACACAUCGUCGCCGCGUCUACCGUCACUCUCGGAGACGCUCCGUCGUGUCCACCUUGAGGAGGAGUCAAACGGCACGCACGAGGCUGGCGCAGGAAGUCCCGGAUCAGCGUCGACUGAGAUCUGAUCGGCGAUCGUUUUUCGCGCGCGCCAUCCCCUAAGGACUCCAGAUAUCCGGCCAGGAUAUACCAGGAUCCUCCAUGUCGAGAGUGGACCGGGACUCCAUCGGCGUAUCGGCAGGUUCUCGUCCCGCCGUAGACUCGCGUAAAUGUGCUCCAAUACGCGACUCCCAUGUGCACCUCCUUCUUCUGAUGUCCUUUUGUGCCCUGUAAACCCAGAGCGCACCACCUUGACUAGCAGUACGCCCACGCGCUCACUGACCCCCUGGCCCGAACAUGGCCAAGAUCCUCAACAAGGACCCCGUCACCUACGAGCGGGAACGCGACGGUUUCCUACGGGAACUCCACCACUUCCACGAGACACGCGGACUCCACCUGCGAUGCAUCCUGACGUUCAUCUAAGUCGUCCUCGUACCUCCCUUCGUUUCACCAACAUUCCUCUCCGCAUAGCCUCCUCGACAGAACCAUCUCUUUUAACGAGGAAACUUCUUGGGACACAGUUCAAAAAGUCUCCAAAAAUCAGUGGGAAUCAGAUAGACCUCUACCUGUUGUACGUACUCGUCACCGCGCACGGGGGAUGGAUUAAGGUGAACACGAGAAACGAGUGGAGCGCUCUCUGCGAGCAAUUUCAUCUGCCCAGCGGAUGCGUAAACAGUGGAGUUGGCCUCAAGCAAAUCUAUCUUAGGUAUCUCGACAGGUACGAGAAGGUUCACUUUCUGGGCGAGGAUGGCCAGCAGGCGGACGACGACGACGAGGACUCGAGACAUCGGAAGUGGUCCGCCAGAGCGCUUCAUUCGAUUCCGCUCACGUACAAUCAUCAUCAGCACAACGUUGCCGAAUCUCUUCGGGAUUACAAUGGUCUCUCGGCUGAUCUGUACAAGCCGUCGAAUUACGACAAGCUUGCGCUGUCGCUCCUGUCGCCUCUACCCAACGAGCAAGACUUUGCGAUCAACGUGUGCACCCUGCUGUCGAACGAGGGCAAGCACACCCUUAGACUCGACAAAUAUCCCCGGCUUGUAAAUAUACUUUUAGCGCACGCCGGUGUCUUCGACUCGCCCGGGACGCGACAGCUCUUCAUAGAGGUCUACUCGCGAGUCAGGAAUUACUCGAUUAACUCAUUUUGGUCGGACGUUCUCGACUCUCAGGACGUCAUAGAUCUCACGGACGAGAGGAGCUUCAUGAGGAAAGCGCACACUGCGCCGCACACCUUCUCCAGGAGAAAAACGUUGGAAAAGGAGAAACAGAGUAAGGCCAACGGCUUACAGGAUCCUGAUGUUGCUCCUAUGGACGUCGAUGGGGUAUCGAUAGACUGUUCAAGACUGGAGGAAGACGGCUCUCAGCAAGACGAGAGUGAAAAGGAUCAGAAGCUAAGCUCGAUAAAGUUCGAGGACGAGGACAGGGAACUCUUCUGCGUGGGUCGAACUUUGGGCACCCAGGAUCCAUACGGUCAACGUGUACUUCAGAUAGCGUCUAUUUUGCGAAAUCUAAGUUUCACGCCGGAGAACGCGGUGGUCCUGGGUAGGAAUAGGUGCUUUCUGAGAUUCGUACUGCUGUGCGUGAGGUCCAGGUGGAGCAAUUUGCAUCAGCUCGGUUUCGACCUGCUCGGUAACGUGGCGAGCGAGAUUAUCUUGAAGGAGGCUGGUGAAAGGAUAACCGACGUGGUGCUGUCGUGCGUGGCGAAAGGAAUCGACUCCCAGGACAGGUUUAUCGUUAUUUCCUGUCUGGAGGUGCUUAACAAGGUUAGCCAGCAGGACAGCAACGAGGAGAUCGUUACGUUUGGUCUGGAUGACAGUGUGUACGAGAUCAUAUGCAGGUUUUUGGCUCUGAGCGACAUAGCCCUUCUGGUAUACACUCUUGAGUGUCUGUACGCUCUAACAUCAUUGGGCGAGAGACCGUGCACGAGCGUCGCGCGGGUACGCGGAGCAAUCGACACGCUGGUCGCCCUGGUUACGGUGGAAGCACAGAGUUACGGACCAAAGGCUUGUAUCCUGAUGCGAGUCGUCGAGACGGUGUCCACCGUGGCAACACCGGCGACGCAUGUACAGAGCGUCGCGGUCUCUGCUCCUGCCGCGCCAGUCGCGUCUGUCGCCGUGUCGGUAUCAAGCGCCCCGACGACCGUGACAGCAUCGCCAGCGCCAGUCAGUCCGUCUCCCUCCAGACCGACGACACCAGCUGCGACAGUGGCCAAGUCUACGACGCACAAAGCUGUGGAAACGGCUAACUCGAUUCAGCAGCAGCACGCGCAUCAGCAGAUCAUUCAAGAGAAUGAACAGUUCGCUCUGGGAUGGCUGAGGGCUACCUUUGAACUUGCACCUGGUGUACGGAUCGAGCAGGAGGAAUUGUACAAGAAGUAUCUGGGUUGCUGUACUAAGAUUGGCAGAAGGGGCGUGAUAGCGCCACUUCACUUUCCAAGAUGUGUCAGAUCUGUCUUUGGCGGUACCGUCGGACCUAAUCCAAUAAAGGGCGAAACGUCGGGGAGCCAAUACUACGAAGGUAUCCGUGUUCGCGCGACACCCUCACCAGUGACUUAUCCCGGGCAAACUGCAAUUGGCGUAAACACAACAUCGAUCUCGACAAUCAACACAACUCCAGUAAAGGUGCUUCCCGUACAACAGCGUACAGUCAAGACCAUAAGUCCCGCCCCCGAUAGCACGGCCCUAGAAAAUCCUGCAUCCGUCGCUCAAAGGACCCCAGCCCCUGCAUCUCCCAUCCUGAAGGCCCAGUUGUCUGCCCCACCGAAACCGUCCUCCACUCCAAAUCAACCCCAGAAUCCAGUCACCAAGGUUGACACUAAAAGUCAGGUGUCAGUGUCGCACCCCCACCUGAGCCAAGCGCUGCUGGCCAGUGGUUCUCAGGGCCAGCAACCGCAACUACAGCAGCAACAACCUCAGCAAGUCCAGGUAGUGACCAAGGAGGAUACUCGAUGUGGCACUACUUCCAGUUCCAUUAUUAAAAGCCUCCUGGCUACCAAGGUAACGGUCAGCGGCGACUGCAUGCCCAGCGCCGCUGCGACUUGUGUGUCUGCCCCUACUGCCUGCGUAACAAACACUACCGCUAGCAUCGCAUCCAGCAUCAGUGCCAACCAGCUAAUAACCAGCAACCAGGUUGCUCAACGCCAACAACAGCAAAGGCUACUUCAGCAACAGUUGACUGGAGUAAUUCAGCCUGCUGCGCCUGCAGCGACACCUGCCACAGCGACAAACCCUAGAGGCCCUCCUGUUAAUUCAAAGCAUAAGCCAGCUAUAGCACCUACUCCUGCCAAAAAGAUACAAAGGCUCAACGGAGCUAAGGUCAUCGUGACUAACAAUUGUGACAAGACUGAAGUAAAUGAUAAUGAAAAUAUGAAUCAAACGGUGACAUCCACAACGGUAAUGUCUAAUUCCACGGGGAAUCACACGUCCUCGACGAUAAAGGUUUGCCGGCCGCCACCGUUGGCGCCGUUAAGUGCGGGAAAUAAAAUAAAUCAACGGACGGUUUGUACGCCAAUCGCUGAGGAUUCGGACUCUACGAACAAUUCCCUAGCGUCUAGCAGUGGUAUCGGUGGGAGUAGAGAUUGUUCUGGUGUCGGUGCCGAGGAGGAGAAUUCACUGACCAGUUUCGAAGGGAUUCUCUUGAAUGGUGCACCGAGUAAUUUGGACAUCGACGCACAGGACGACGGUUCGUCAAAGGACUCGUCGAGUUUGAGCUCCAAGGAGAAACCGGUUCAGAGUAUGAUGCUUGCUGAUCUUCUUGAGAAGAAAGUAGACAAAGAACCGAUAAUGAACGGCGUGCUGGGUAAGAACUCUGUGAACGAGAAGGGCAUGGAUCUGGUGGAGAAUCAUAUUGAAAAGGUGCUGAAGGAAUCGCCAACAGAAAUGAAGAUUAAAUCCGAGAUGGAGGAGAACAGCGUGAGGCAGACUGAAGUGUCCGAGGAUACGUUGAUAGAGGCUCCGAGGGGUAUGAAGAGGACAGCCAGUGAAUCUGACGAGGUCGAUGCCAAGAAGCCAAAGUAUUCGAACGGCACGACGUCGCCGGAUCCCGCCGUGGAUUCAACCACGGUCGAGUCCACGGUAUCCAGUUUGAAAUCCGAGGAUCAGGAUGACGAUAAGGAUAGCGAGAAGGCUACCGUUUCCUCAACAGCCGCGAACCUGUACGCUGCCCUUGCAGCAGACUGCAUAGAAGAUGAAACGGAUCUUGAUGAGCAGGUCGCUGUUAGUAAGGAGGAACCUCCGGCGGUAACAAAGGAGGAACCACCUACGUUCAUUGCUCAAGUAGAGCAGCAACAGCAACAACACCAUCAGCAGCAUCAACAUCACCAGCCACAGCAUCAACAUCAGCACCAACAGCAGCUAAUAGUGGCAGCCCCAAGGCAGAUAGUAGUACAACAGACCCUGCAACCAAACAACCAAGUAAUCAUUCCAACGGCGCCAGUGAAGGGUAGACAACCACAACCGCAACCGCAGGUAUUACUCCAGCAAAGUGCCGGGGGACAAUUGCAAUACGUCGUAUCCGGUGGCGUACCCGGACAGAAUUACGUUCUUGCUCAGCCGCAGACAGCGCUGGUGCAAGGACAAGCACAGACGGUGCUUGUAGCUCAAACGACCCAACAACAGGGAACUGGUGCAAAGACCAUUAUCAUUCUACAGCCACAAUCAGCCGCACAACCCAGCCCCCAGAAGAUGGUCGCCGUCACGCCCCAGGGUCAACAGGUCGUAGUGACGCAAGUCCAACGACCCAUUCUACAGAGUCCCGCCCUGGGAAACAUACCGCCGCCAUUGGUACCGACCUCGGCGACGAUACCACAGACUUCCAUUAUAGUGAAUAGUUCGGUAGCACAAACCAAUCCAAAUGCGAUGACAGUCACCAUCCCUGCGAUGGCGCAGCAGAGUUCCAUCACUACCAGUGUACCAUCCAGGGUGGUUACGCCUACGCCUGCAUCCACACCUCCGCCCACCAGACCUACCACCCCUCAUCAGGCAGCUUCUACGCAUGGGCUCAACAUCAAGCAACAACCUAUCAAGGUCAUGAAGACAGUGAACUCGUCGACGUCCAUGGAGCUGGAAUCUAAGCCUUCUACGAGUCAACAGACAGCCGAGUCCAAGACGAUCACCAUUAAAAUCGACCCUAAUGCAUUCUUGUGCGAGUGGCGUGGAUGUCUCAGGCAAUUCAAAACCGCUCACGAAGUUUACCUCCACGUGUGCGAGGUUCACUGUCCUACCGGUGGCGAAGAGAUCUUGUGCUUGUGGGCCAGUUGCGACGGUCUCAAGAGACGCAGGUUUUCUUUGAUGACUCAUCUUUACGAUAGGCACUGUAAUUCCGAGAUUAUGUCUGUAAGGAGGAAGCAGCUGACGGUCACCGGAAAGACGGAGAUCUCGACGUCGACUCCUCCGACGCCACAUCAUCCGGGUUACGCGCCUAAUGCAGCAUUCCAUGCUAUAAAAAGGCAUGCCUUGGAAUUUGUCAAUCCUAAGGAACUAAUGCAGAGGCCAACCAAGCCCGCUGCAGCCACCUCAAGCUCUUCUUCCCCCAGACCUGGGCAAAAUCCUCCGCCAGAACAGGAUGACAACGAAGGUCCGGUGACCAAAAGUAUUCGCCUGACGGCAGCUCUUAUUCUCAGAAACCUAGUCAUAUACUCCGCACACGGUAGAAGGCAUCUAAGGGCGUACGAGCCUCAUCUGGCUGGUGUGGCAUUAAGUAAUGUCGAAUCGUCCAGAACAAUCGCUCAGGUCCUGUACGAUAUGAAUGAUCAGAGCAACAGCAGUCACAGGUGACCUCUUGAACCUGGCCUCUAAGGAAAACAAGCUUUUUAAACUUGCGAGCAGCGAUCAACUUGGACAUUACGAAUUCUAGUGCAAAAGUGUGAGGCUGGUAGUUGCAAAAGAAGAUGAUGACGAUGAGUCCGCAAUGGAGCCGUCGUGUCGUUUGCAUCGGUCGUCGUCGACUCUGGAUGAAUUUCAGACACAAAGUAUGCGAGAACGACGAUGUAAAGAGGCGCGUUGGAUGGACAAUGAGCGAAGAACAGUGAAGAACUGCAAGGAAACAGGAAGAGGAAUAAUGAGGGUGAAAUUUGUGUACCUGCGCGUGCACACGGCUGUCGUGUGUGUGUGUGUGUGUGCUGUGUGUGUACAUGUGGAUACUCCUGGUAAAAUUUCUGUACACGGGACGGAAGUCGUGGAGUAAACAGGAAGACGCAGCAAUGUUCCGUAUAAAAAUAAUAAUAAAGAGGCCUAUAAACUUACUGGGCAAACACCAUUGCCAAUUUAGAGAUAAAGUAAUAAAACGAUUAACUGAAACCUAGUGACGUGAAAACAAAGAUUGUAGCUGAAGUGAUCCAGAACAGUGAUAACGAACGAGAUAAUAUUUCAGAUUUAAUAUUAAUAUUUAUUUUCUCAAUCAAGAAGCGAAAGAAAUGUUUUUAGUAAACGUGUACAAACAAACAAACAAAAUGAUCGGAGGUGCAGAGUUUGGAGGUGAUGUAGAACGAAGGAGAAGAUGGAGCAGUGGGCUUGAACUACGAGGAAAAAAUACUUUAUGGACGUUAUAGUUAAUUGUAAUCAUUAUUAUUAAUUAUUAAUAUUAUUACUACUGUCAUCAUUGUACGAACUAUGUUUCUUUUCUUUUCUUUUUUUGUUUUUUUUUUUUCUUUUUCUUUUUUCCAUAAGUCACCACGAAUCUAGAUCGUAAAGAAACUUUUUAUCGAAUGUAUUUCUUAGGAAUCUAUAAUUUGUCGCUUAUUAAUUGCAUAUUGCAAUUACAUGGCUAUAUUAUUGUCUCUCUUUGGUUCAUUAUUGAUUUAUUCAUAAUGUCAAAAGUUACUAAGGAUAUCGAGACACGUACUGUCACACGAGGCACCACACACGACUGCACGCACCAUGUACACGGACGAAUUAGUGGCGGGCGAAUUAAACUUCUGUCUUAAGAAAAGUAUUUGAAAAUCGUACCGGAAGCUCCAUGCAAUGCCUAACUUUAGCGCGAAUUUUCAAAGCUGAUUAUAUCGUGCAUAAGAUGUCCUAUCGAAUAGCGGUACGCCUUUUCUUUAAGAUCGACGAGGUGGGCUGGGUUGGGUGGGUUGGGAUAAUAUUUUACAGAAAUUCACAUAUGUCCACACACACACACACACACACUUACACUUCCAGCAGGAAUUUAUGUACAAACCUAUCAAAAAGUUUUACACAGAGAUACUGCUCCGCGUCUCGCAAAUUAAGCAAUGACUCCUCGACGUAGACCCCCCAUUGGCUUUGAGGUCGUGUAACAAGAGUGACCUUAAUAUUCCAUGAAUUGAAAGGAUCAAAUGCGGAUGCUGUAGUGACAGUCGAUAGAGAAAUCUCGAGAAUCUCGACAUAUCCUCCAUCCACGCGUAUAUAUUUUCUAUGAUCGAUGAUGCCGUUUUCUCGAGUUUCGUACGAAAAUUAAGCAACGAACAAAAAAUACGCCCUGGUCAUCGACGUUCCUGUUGUCAACGCUGACCUCGAAUUUAUCGCGCUGAACUCGUAGCUAAUUUUCUUUUCACGUUUCUUCUUUCUUUUUAAAGUGAACAAGGACCUGCGCUGUCUCGCCUACGGGAAUCUAAAACCAAUUUGUCCUCCUUCGUUUACCCGAUUUUCAUUCUGUCAUUCACUUCCCGAUACACUUUUCCUAAAAUCUCCUUGGGUUCUUCUCCGCUGCGUAAAAAUCAUCGCGCUUACAUUGUACGAUUUGCCCAAAUCAAUUAUUCAACCGAAUUCAUCAUUGAUUGGAAUCGAUUGGCAAUAAGGUGCAUUUUCAAUGUCGAAUUAUCGAAUGGCAGUCAUAAUUAUUUCCAUAAAAUUUUGUCUUCGCGCCUUUGCAUGAAUUACUGCGACCUUAUUGGUGGAUCGAUGCGUCAUGCUGGUAGAAUUGUUAGUAACAGUAAUUAGUUAUAAUAGAUCCGGGUCAAUUUUGUGUAAUUGAAUAUUCCUGAGGGUGGCACAAGGAAACGGAAGCACGAUGCCAUUUAUGUCAAGCUCCUGAUCCUUCGUAAAUUCGUAUGUUCACUGCGGGAGAGAGAUGGAAAGAAAAUAGGUAUAUGAAAUAUAGAAUGAAAGACAGUGAGAGAAUGAUUUUCGUUAUAUUCAUUUUAAUUAUGUCCGACGUCCUGUUAAUUAGGUGGGAACUGUCAGGUUGCAUUUACGUUUAUUAUUAAUUAACAGAGACGAAUCCCGAGGCGAACGGUAAGCCAAUCACGACGUUAAGAUUAUAUAUAUAUAUAUAUAUAUAAUUAUCAUUAUUAAUUAAUUAUAAAUACUUGUAAAUAAUGCCUGUAUUUCACUCACAAUGUUACAUGCAAAACGGAAGUGUAAAUUUUUCUGGAGAAAUUUCGUUAGGUUUAAACGUCAUUGAGGGUGAAUGAAAAAGUAAAAAAAAAUUGGACACGAGUUAUCGUACACUUAUAAAUACGUCUAGAGAUAAACGUUUACACACACGAAUUACACACACGCAUUACACACACAACAAGCUGAACUAAAGUUUUCUGUAUUAUAAUAGAUUAUGACAAAACGUAGAAGUUGCAAGGAAAACGGAUUUUUGUAAUUAUUUAAAUCGUGACGAUGCGAAAAUUUAAUAAGGCUGGGUCAGUAUUAACGAGCAGCCGAUUAAGAAUAACUAAGGACAUAAAAGUAUAAUAAUAAUUGACCCCGUGCGAGCCUCUAUUAUGUAUUUUAAUAUUUAUAUAUAUAUAUAUUUACAUGUAUACAAGGUACCGUUAUACGACGUACACGUAUAUAUGUGUAUAUAUAUAUUUAAAAAAAAAAAAAAGAAGUUUAAUAGCUGAAACCGUUUAGGAGGACGAAAAUCUUGCAAGAGGCUUUUUAUUUUUAUUAUUUGUAAUUACUUAGUUUAAAUGUUCAACGUUUGGUACGAUCAUGAGAGGAUUAAAUAAAGAGCUCUGUAAAGGAACGACGCGGUGAUGUAAUAAAUGACUAAAGGAAGAAUAUAGAAAGAGAAGAGGACGUGGGAGAGAAAGAAUUUUUUAAAAUCAAUCGAUAGCGGAAUGAAUGCCAGCGAAUGGUUUAUCAUUCUAACGUCAGCGUGACGUGUGAGUGAGAGAGAGAUAAUGAUAACACGCUUUAGAGUGUAAACCGAUCAAAAAGAAAAAGAAAAUUGAUAUACUGUCGAUGAAACAAAAAAAAGACUCUUUUGAAAUCGAGCGAUCGUGCACACUCCAGUCAUCGCCUCAUUGUCAUCACUUGUCACAUUGUUCACACUAGGCAUACGUAUAAUACGAUCAGAAGAAGAAAAAAAAAAGAAAGAAAAAACAAGCAACUUUAAUAUAACAAUUAUAUCAUA